AUGUGGGCGCUCUGGGUUCUCAUAGGUGCUGCAGCUGUUUCUGCUCACCUGCAGGAUUUUGCCUUUGAAGGGCAGAAGGUGUUUCGUGUGAUUCCACAGAAUGACGAGCAGGUGGAAAUCAUCAAUUCCCUUGCCAGCAACAUAGAGGUUGAUUUUUGGCAGCCAGACACUGUCACACUGGUAAAGCCAAAAAUGCAAGUUGAUUUCCGAGUUGAAGCUGAUGUCUCUUUUGAGGUUGAAGAUCUUUUGAAAGAAAGUGGAAUGGAGUAUAGAGUUCUGAUUGACAACCUGCGGGCCGCAGUGGACGCCCAGUUUGACAGCAAAGCUCGUACCGCCAGUCACAGCUACGAAAAGUACAACAACUGGGAAACGAUAGCUGCUUGGACUGCUGAUAUCGCCGCUCAGAACCCAGAUCUUGUCACUCGCAGUGUGAUUGGGGAAACAUACGAGGGACGGCCGAUGUAUAUUCUCAAAAUGGGAAAAAGUGGUCCAAAUAAGAAGGCCAUCUUCAUGGAUUGUGGUUUCCAUGCAAGAGAGUGGAUCUCCCCUGCUUUCUGCCAGUGGUUUGUGAAAGAAGCUGUUGAGACCUAUGGAAAAGAUACUGUCAUGACCACUCUUCUUGACAGCUUGGACUUCUAUGUUUUGCCUGUUGUCAAUAUUGAUGGUUACGUUUACACUUGGACCACAGACCGCAUGUGGAGAAAGACACGCUCUGAAAAUGCUGGUAGCCGUUGCCGUGGUACAGAUCCCAACAGGAAUUUUAAUGCUGGCUGGUGCACUCUUGGGGCUUCGAAAAGCCCCUGUGACUCCACUUACUGUGGCCCUGCACCUGAGUCUGAAAAGGAGACCAAGGCUUUGGCUGAUUUCAUUCGUGAGCAUCUUUCUACAAUCAAGGCAUACUUGACGAUUCACUCCUACUCCCAGCUGCUCCUGUUUCCUUAUUCGUAUUCUUACCAAUUACCAUCGAAUUACGAGGAACUGAAUUACAUUGCUCGUGAAGCAUCCAAACAGCUGGCCAGUUUGUACCACACCAAGUAUACAUAUGGCCCAGGAGCUACAACAAUCUAUCCUGCUGCUGGGGGCUCUGACGAUUGGGCUUAUGAUCAAGGCAUCAAGUACUCUUUCACUUUUGAGCUCCGAGACACUGGUAGAUAUGGUUUCAUUCUCCCUGAAUCUCAGAUAAAGCCAACCUGUGAAGAGACUAUGCUUGCUGUUAAAUACAUUGCCAAUUAUGUCCUUGAGCACUUGUAUUAG